AUGGCUAGCAUGUACUAUUUGAUUCUAAAGGAUUUUAUGAGUGUAAAUAUAUCCUUCAUCAUGAAGCUCGGAACUGGACUCAGCAUAAUGAUUUCAAAAAGGAACCCGUCUUUGUUCACUACAUUCGCUCUGCUCUCUUGUGGAUAUGUGAUGAGCUCUUAUAAAGAGAUCAGAUCAAAUGUUUUGCAUACACUAAAUCGUGCACGAUUCACUGUGUCUGUAGAAUCUUUCCUGAGUACAGGUGUGAUGGAUGCAUUCGAAAAUUCCCAGUUUGAAAGAGGGAAAUUUAAAGGAAAACAUUUUCAGUUCGCCUUGGAAAACCACAGACCUAUUGUUCUUGGUACAUCUCUCUUUAUCUCUAACAUGCACAUACAAAAUCCUUUUACAGAAGGCAUCCACACGUGGUUUUGUUUUACUAUAGUUGAGAUUGGUAGACCACGAUUUAAAGAUGCAUUCCAAGAUCCCAAUUCAUAUCUUACUUUGGAACCAAUUUUUGAGCAAGAACGAUAUAUCGUGACCUAUCAAUCAAAGUCUGAUGAUAUACUAAAAGCAGCUUUUCAUGCUCAUGUGCUUCUUCAUAUCAUUUGUUCCUCCAAUCAGAAUUCACCCAAAUCUAGAAUACGAGAUCAUGAUCUUUCAGUUGUAUCCCCUAAGUUUGGUGAUCUUAAGUCUCAUAUUGCAGAAUCAUACAAAAUGGUUUUAGCUCUAUAUGGGCCUUUCAAAAACAAAGCUAAAGAACAGGGGUGGGUAAUGUCGAAAUCACUGCUUAACCCGGGCAGAGCUCGA